CAUUCCCUAUUCACGGGGCUGGUGGUGAGGAUGAGCGAGAGCUGACCCUGCCGCGUCGCCGCCUGUGCCGUGAAGUGGCUGCUUCUCCUCCUCCUUCUCUUCCUCCUCCUCCCUGGCUGUGGGUGAACCUGCGCUACGGGCUCUUCACCGACACGGGGGAGGUUGGUUUGUUUGUGCAUUUGUUUAAGGCAAAGAGAGAGAAAGAGAGAUCUUCCACCCGCUGAAGCACAGUUCACUAUGAUCGUACUCGCAUCCAGCACUGGAAGCCGGUUGGAUUUCGUGUCUCAGUCCAGGGUGUUUUUCUUGCAAACCUUCAUUUGGAUUUUAUGUGCUACAGUGUGCAAAGCGGAGCAGUAUUUCAAUGUGGAGGUAUGGUUACAAAAGUAUGGCUACCUUCCACCAACUGACCCCCGAAUGUCGGUGUUGCGCUCUGCAGAAACCAUGCAAUCAGCUAUAGCUGCCAUGCAGCAAUUCUAUGGCAUUAAUAUGACAGGAAAAGUGGACAGGAACACAAUUGACUGGAUGAAGAAACCUCGAUGUGGUGUGCCUGACCAAACAAGAGGUAGCUCCAAAUUCAACAUCCGUCGGAAACGCUACGCGUUAACAGGACAGAAAUGGCAGCACAAACAUAUCACUUACAGCAUAAAGAACGUCACUCCAAAAGUAGGUGAUGCUGAAACUCGCAAAGCCAUUCGCCGUGCCUUCGAUGUGUGGCAGAAUGUAACUCCUCUAACAUUUGAAGAAGUUCCCUACAUUGAAUUGGAAAAUGGCAAGAGAGACGUGGAUAUUACUAUCAUUUUUGCAUCAGGUUUUCAUGGAGACAGUUCUCCCUUUGAUGGGGAGGGUGGAUUUUUAGCUCAUGCAUAUUUUCCUGGCCCAGGAAUUGGGGGAGACACUCAUUUUGACUCAGAUGAGCCAUGGACGUUGGGAAAUCCCAAUCAUGAUGGAAAUGAUCUCUUCCUAGUUGCAGUGCAUGAACUUGGACAUGCUCUGGGCUUGGAGCACUCUAAUGACCCCACUGCAAUCAUGGCUCCAUUUUACCAAUACAUGGAAACAGACAACUUCAAACUACCUAAUGACGAUUUGCAGGGCAUCCAGAAGAUAUACGGUCCACCUGACAGGAUACCACCACCAACAAGACCUCUGCCAACAGUGCCCCCACAUCGUUCAGUCCCUCCAGCAGACCCACGAAAGAAUGACAGGCAACCUAAACCUCCCCGGCCACCCACUGGUGGUGACAAACCCUCCUAUCCCGGAGCCAAACCUAACAUCUGUGAUGGGAACUUCAACACUCUGGCUAUUCUUCGCCGGGAAAUGUUUGUUUUUAAGGAUCAGUGGUUUUGGAGAGUCAGAAACAACAGGGUGAUGGAUGGAUACCCCAUGCAGAUUACCUACUUCUGGAGGGGACUGCCUCCCAGCAUUGAUGCAGUUUAUGAAAACAGCGAGGGGAAUUUUGUCUUCUUUAAAGGUAACAAGUUCUGGGUUUUCAAGGACACUACUCUUCAGCCAGGUUAUCCUCAUGAUUUGAUAACACUUGGAAGUGGAAUUCCUUCCCAUGGCAUUGAUUCAGCAAUUUGGUGGGAAGAUGUUGGAAAAACUUACUUCUUCAAAGGAGAUAGGUACUGGAGGUACAGUGAAGAAAUGAGAUCCAUGGACCCUGGUUAUCCCAAACCAAUCACAAUUUGGAAAGGUAUCCCAGAAUCUCCUCAGGGAGCCUUUGUCCACAAGGAAAAUGGCUUCACAUAUUUCUACAAAGGAAAAGAAUACUGGAAAUUCAAUAACCAGAUGCUCAAGGUGGAACCUGGCUAUCCCAGAUCCAUCCUCAAGGAUUUUAUGGGCUGUGAUGGACCAACAGAUCGAGAUAGAGACCGACACAGCCCUCAAGAUGAUGUUGACAUUGUCAUCAAACUGGACAACACAGCCAGCACUGUGAAAGCCAUAGCCAUCGUCAUUCCCUGCAUCCUGGCCUUGUGCCUCCUUGUCUUGGUUUACACUGUGUUCCAGUUCAAAAGGAAAGGAACACCCCGCCACAUACUGUACUGCAAACGCUCUAUGCAAGAGUGGGUGUGAUGUAGGGUUUUGGUUUUUUUUCCUUUCCCUCCCAGGAGUUUGUGGUAACUUGAGAUUCAACACAAGAGCUGUUAUGCAGUUUCCUAGCUAGGAGCGGGCAUCUGUCAGUCUGAAACAAAGCUGAUCUUUAAAACCCAGGGGGUUGCCUGUCCUGCACACGAGUGGCGAUUCACUCAGCUGGGAAGCUUCCAUGAUACACAGUAUCUGCUGUUUCUUCAGUCCUUUGUCUUUCUUUGUCAUUCAAUUCUAGGCCUUCCCUCUGCACGCUCUAAGCCCUAUAAACUAUCAGGAUUAACUAAUGAAGAGGAAUAAAAAUAUCUCCAGUGUUUCUACAUUUUUCCCUUAAGGCCUGUUCCCCUUUGAAGAAUUUUUUGCUGAAAGUAAAUUUUUUUAGAGAAACAAAACAACCAACAAUGGAACUUUCAGGAAAGUGAGAAGACCCAAAACAGCUUUGUCUCCAAAGAGGAUUGCUUUCUGUCUGCUACGGAUAAAGUCCUAUACUCCUACUUCCAGUUUUGUCAGGUAGGAGACUCGGAUGAGACGCAGGACUUCAGACUGUUCGGACAGCCAUUUUCCAACAAACAAGGGGCCAAAAUAUCUGCAAUAUAGUAACAGCCUUAAUACAUUCAUUUUGUGUUUUUUACAGCUGCUCUGGACUAUGUCCUCAAUGUUUUAAACUCAUAUUCAAUACUAUAUUCAAGCAGAACCUUUUUAUUGGUUUGUUUGAUUUCUGGUUGAUUUUCCUACAUUAUCUUUCCCGAGCUGUACCAAGCCAACUACCCCAGGCCUUUUAUAGGUCUGUCAGGAGCACUCAUUCCAAAGAAUGGUAAAAAGCAGUGUGUCUCUGAAGUGGAUUUUAAUGAACUAAAACAACAGACAUGCUAUUGAGAAACUUUACACUGGUAUUAUAUUGGUGGUGUAACCCUUUGAGAACUAUUGCAUCUAGUUUUCAGAGUCUGGUGGAUGUUAAUCUUGGUCAUCAUUAAAUUAUAGAAUUGUGUUUGGGUAAUACAGGUUUCAAAAGAGAAUCAGUUUUUCAAAACAGAUUUCUUGUGACUGCCUUUUUAAUUAUUUGCUUUAUUGAUAGAAAAGCAUUUGUAACAUGAAUAGAAAACAAAAUAUAUUUACCAGCUACUUUCUUGUUAAAGGAACCAAACGUAUUUUAAUAAUUUCUACCACUUACCAAGAAUUUUUGUGAGCUGGCAACAAUUUUAUAGCUUAGCCUCUUAUCUUAAGCAUCUUGGACUUCUCUCUUGAGAUUAUGUUGCAUGACAAUUCCAUUUGCCUCUGCGGAAGUGGAGUCACGGUUUCAAAGGAAAGCUAAGAAGAUGACUCUGAUAAUGCAUGAGUAUCCUCUGGUGUGUUACCCCUUUGCAUGUUCAUCAUAGUUCUCAAAGGGUUAAAAUUUCUGGCCUUCAAUCAAACAUGGUCUCAACUGACAGAGCCAAGGGACCACCAAAACAUUUUGUCAUUCUGUGUAAUUUGUGCUAACAGCAGUAUUGUCAUUUUCAUGUGACCUGCAGAGCAGGUUUGUAUCAAUAAUUUUUUCCUAGAGAAAAGUCAGCAACUGACAGACCUCUUUAUUGAUUUUAGGAGCUGCUUCUUGCAGUGAUAGGCUUUACAGUCACUGGGCUGUGAACUUUUUAAAGAUGGUCAGAAUGAUGCACCCCAAAAGUCAGACACCUGGUUUUUUAUGAAAGCCAGGUUUUGAGGGGAGUAGCUUUUGCAACAAUGAACAGCUUGCCUUGAACUUGAUUAUUGACCUGUUGACUGUCAUUACCAAGUUAAACAUUGUCUUCUGUGAACAGCUUCACUGUCUGAAUUUCCUUAAAGUGUACUGUCCUAUGUCUUUGACCUUUAACUUGCAAACUGGCACAAACUGAAGGGAAUCUGGUGUUGCAAAUGAACUAAGAUGAGUUUUAUUUCUUGAAAGGCCUGAUAGACAUGAUCCAAAAUUUGAGAAAAAAACCUGAAGUGUUUUAGUAGGAGAGAAAUGACAUAGACUAAAAUAUUUAUGAUAGGUCUGUAGAAAGGUAUUUUGCUAUGUAUACAUGCACACUCUAAAAAUGAAUUACAGCAGAAGUUAAUUUUUAUUUAACUUGAAUACAAUUUUCAGUGUAAAAUUAUUAUUUCUACAGAUAUCUAGUUAUUAAUGAAAAGGUUAUAGGAAAUUAUUAAAAUACUUGAAAUGGCCAGUAUGGGCUUUUACAUAAAAUGAGACUUUUAUACUAUGUUCAACCAAUUUCUUACUGGUUUCUUAAUCCACAUAACUGGAUCACUUUUUAGAGAGUGUAGGUAUAUAUGCAUAUAUAUUAUGAUUAUUAUUGUUUUGGUAAUGGAUAGCUUGACUGCCUUGAAUUUAUAUUUAUAUUGAGCAUAGCAUGGAGAAUAGUAUGCGUUUUUUUCAAUUACAUGAUUUUUUAUUGAUUUGAGGACUUACAAACAUAUGUGGCAUGCUAUAAAGCAUUGCAAACUUAUUUCUUAGAGCAUAAACAGAUAUACAUAACAAAAAGGAAGAUUAGAAAAAGAUAUAGUUUUACAACAAAUAUGCAAUGCAGAUGGCAUUUUGGAGAUGUUUUGUAGAAGUACUGCAUACUGUAGGUUAGAAGCGCACCAGUAUCGGCCCAUAGCAUUAUUUAGUAAAUCCAAGUCAGUUGUUGCUGAAAAUAUAGAUUUAUUGACAAUUUAGUUGCACAGGAUUUUUGCUGCAGAUCAGCUCAUUUGGUGAAUUUGAAAUUCUAUGCUGUUUUUCAUAUGUAUUGAAAUGUGUCUGUUUUUAUACUUAUAAAAUCACACAAACACACACAUACACAGACACGGACACUUUAAUCCAUUGAGAAAUUUUAUUGCCAACAAACUACUAUAGCUUAUGUUCUGCUAUGGACAGAACAAAAUGAUUGAUGUUGCUGUUCCAUUUUUUUCCCCUAGAAUAGUUGGAGGAAAAUACUAAAAGAACUACUUACUCCGUAUUUGCUUUUCCUCUACAAUAGAAGAUUUUUUUUUAAGUCAGAACAGCAUCUCAUCAGUAUUUUUAUUCAAAAUUUCAUUUCAAUUUUGAAAUAUCUUUCAUGGCAGCUUUAACUUUUUCUGCAACCGUUUCCCUGAUAGUAAUGAAGUGCUGAGCAUGUUGACUGUUGUUCUUUGAUAAGGUAACAAAAAUAUUUGUGUUUGGAGAAUUUAACUGUAAUCAUGCAGGAAGGUAAGUGUGAUAAUUCUAGUGCUUGGUAUAUGGUACAUCAUAGAUACAUGAAUACAUGAGAAGUUGACUGUUGAAUCUAUUUUCUUUUACUUAAAAAAAAAAGUGCAUAUAUGCUAUAUACAGAGAGAGGGAGGAAAAAAAUUAUAUUGGCAUGUUUAUGUCAUGCAAAGCAAGACAGUGUCAACAUUUUUGUUACAUACUCAUGUUUUCAGUAGAUUGUAAGACAGUCAUAAAGGUUUAUUUUAACUAAAAGAUGUAGGAGCAUUUGUGUUCACUGUAAUUUCCAAAUACAAACUGGCUAGUUUCAAAUUAUAGAAUUUCAGACUAAAUAAGUGAUGUUGGCUGAUCUAAUUUUGAACUCAAAUUAGUAAAAGUUCUGAGACAAUUUUGUUUUUUGAAUAGUUGUUUCUCUACAAGGGCCUAUAACUAUCAGAAUUAAGAAAAAGCAAAUUGAAAAUAUUUUCAGUUCUGCAAUCUGGGUUCCUACUCAUGUGCCAUAAUUCUUUUAAUAAACAUUUCCAUAUUGCUAUUGUCAUAAUUUGUACUUUAGAAAAAUACAAAAUUGAAUAUAUGUUGUGUUGAUCAGCUACAGUCUAUCAAGCUGACUACACAAAGUUGUGUAUCUUCAGAGUACUCUGAUCUGUAUGAUGCAGAAGGCCAGAGUAGAUUAUGGCAGUGUUUCCUUUGGCCUUUCAAUAUCUAAACCUAUGAAAAGGUUAUUGACUGUAGAAAAAAUUGAUUUUUAUCCAAAAAAAAAAUUAAAAUAUGUAACUGUAUAUUUACUGGAUAGGCUGGGAUGGAGACACUCAAAUGGCUCCAAAGGAGCCCUUUCAAGUCUCCUGAAUAAAUGUAAUACAUAUUUUAUAUAUUCCUAUGAACUUUUGUUCUUUUUCUUCUUUCAAAGUGGGAAAAGGGAGGGGAUAAUUAAAGAAACAGAUUUUUUUAAGGCUAAUUUUGUGAAUUAAAAUAACACAAGCUAAUAGAUCCAAACAUAAGAGGCAGACUUACACUUUUUCUUAGAAACAUACUUCACAUCCCCAGUUGCUUGAUCAAGACUCCUGUGCUAAUAGCACUGUGGGUUAAGAACAGAGUGUAAGGCUUAAUUUUUGAAUUUUCAGCUUUUUGGGGGGGUCUUACUUUACAAUCUAAAUGUCAGUUAAAUGUAGCUUUUGGCACCAAAUUAUAUAGAAUCUAAUUCUAGCUUGUUGGUUAGAAAAAGUGCAUAGUCUAGGAAGUUGGUCUGCCUAUUAGCAAUGGAAACAUUACAUUCCUUUUUUUUUCUUUUUUGAACCAUUGUUAGGACAAACCUUAAAACACACACAUAGUAAACUGAACAGUGAAUGUUCCAGGCACUGGACUUUUCAGAAAGUGGAAAUGCAAACUACCAUACCAUUAGCAGCCUACUUUGGAAAGAACAUGAGAUGACUGGGCGGGGGAGCAAGGAUUUGACUGCAGGGGCUUGCUCUGUCCUGGCUCCCAUAUCUCCUUACAACAUGGCCUAAGUUUUAUCACCUUUGUACAUGGCCUAAGUUUUAUCACUUAUUGCAGAGGGGAAGGAAGCCAUGCACCAUGGCAGAGGGAGAUGUGAAGCAGCCAUUACAGAACAGUAGCUCCCAGCUUGCCUUUUGUUGCUGUCAAGACUGUCUCUGGACACCUCUGUUUCCAGAAGUAUAAAUAGAUGACUGCAGUUCUAUGAGCUGUAAGGGAAAUCAUUGCUAUUGGCUGAGGAAACAAACGUCACUGGCCACCUACGUGUCCAGCUAUGCUGUAAAUCAAAUAAAUACUGUCUGGAAGCUGAGGAACAGAUAACCUGUUAUUCAAUACAAUGGUAUAGUUGUGAUACCCCAGCACUGUAAUGUUAGGCAUACUUCCUUAGCUCCCAGAACACAGACUGCAGACAGAGUGGUUCUCAUGAGAUAACACCAUUUAAACAUAUGUCAGUUACAAAAUUGGGUGUAUAUGAACCAUGUGCUCAAAAAAUUAAUCUCUGGUAUAUGCACAUAAUUCAAUGAAUUGUCUGCCACUAGUCUCAUGAAAAAUAUGUAACGUGUGAGUCAAAUCUGUCUAACAUUUUCUUGUGAAUUGCCAUCGGACAUGUCAGAGGCUGAUGGAGAAAGACAUCAGCGCCAUCAAUGCUGGAAACGUCUGGUUAACAUCAAAAGCAUACCAUCACUUGUUGCAAACUGGCUCCAUUUGAGGCUUGAUCUAAGGCAGCCUCUAAUGUUAGCAUAGAUUUGUAUGAUGUAGAAUUAUUUGAUAUAUGUGUGUAUGUAAGUAGGAAUGCCCAAUAAUAAUCAGAUCACAUUUUGAGGGAUCAUCAGUGUGUGAGCACAGCAAGUAUCUGUUCCUAAAAUCAAAAUGUAUUUCAAGGAAGGAUGUAGACAGCAUUAUACACAUGCUUUAUAAACAGGUCUUCUUUCCCAAUAUGCAGAAGCUUUAGAAUAUUGUCUACAAACUAUGGUCAGUUAAUUAACAUUUGGAAUUGCAGCUGCCCAUUUUGUCUUUCAAAGAGGAUAUUCUGUGAGUGGUGUCCAUAAAGUACGUUUACUUUGUGGAGAUGGCCUGAAAUAUUGCUCUGGUCUACCAACAGUAUAGAUUAAAUAAAUUUUAGAUGCAGAGAAGACAUAACUGAAGAAAGGCUGAUGUAAAUUAACAUGCUAAAGAUAGUUUUCAAUACUUGGAUGUGUAUGCAGCAUAGUGCUACUUGCUGUCACAGUAAAACUUCAUAAACAAGAAUCAUUACACAUGCCAGCCACUUAUGAUGGCAUGAAGCUUUCUAGUCACAGCUUAGUUUCUUCUGCUUCUGUAGAGUACCAUUGUCCACAGUUUAUUAUUACUGUAGCCACCACAUAAACCAAGGUUUUCUUUUUAGUUAAUAGUAAUUUCUACCAUAUAAAAUUGAAUCAUGUCCUUUUUAUAACUACAACCUUAAUCUUCUUGGAGCAGCAUAUCUUAAUUUAUAGCCUUUUAUGACCUUUUUUUUUCCUUUCACUCCUGCAGUAAAAUAUAUUCCGAAUAUUGUCUUCAUCCUGUGGAAUAAUCCCAUUCAUUCUGUGCCAUGCAUCAUUAUCCAAGACACAUGCGUCUUGGAUAACCCAUUUACCAAUCCAUCAUUCCAGGAACUGGAUUUCUGGGAACUGGGAUUAGUAACAGAAUGCUGACAUAAAAUAACUUCCUAAAGUACCUGAUUAGUUGUUGACAAUAUGGAGUUUGAAGAGUUUUUAGUGAAGUAUUGUGUUACAUGCUGGCAGCAGAACAGUGUAACCCUGCCAGUCAGUGAAUGUCCAUAUGGGUUCACCACUUGCAGGGUUAUGUGUUGAGUCAUACAACAAUGUUUCUAAUUCAUAUUUCCAUCAUAAUGUGUUGGUAUUUAACACCCAGUUUACAUACCCAUUCAUAGUUUACAUGGCUGUGUGUAAAUUCAUCUGUCUUGUUGAAGCCAAGGGUACUUAGUGUCAGGAAGUAAUCUGUGUUUCUAAGGCAUAAAAAAUUUGGUUCCCUUACUAUAAUAAUUUUGCAACAUUGAAGAAGAAAAAAUGGAAAAACCAUAGUAUCACUUUUUCCAUCAUUUUCCCAAAUGAUGGUUUCUACUACUCUUUGUCAGUGUUUAAAAUUAGACGAUAUUAAAUAGAUCUCAAAAAUACUGGUUUAUAGUUGAUAAAUUGCAGGUAAAUGCACAGCCUCUUAUUUGGGCAUACAAUGAUUCUAAACAGAGAAGAACUUACUGUAUAUACUGUGCUUGGCCAUUGCCACAAAAUUGCCAGUGCUCACAUACUGAUUACCGUCAUAACACGGGAACAUUGUGUUCAAGUCAACUCCACACAGUUUGUCUGCUUGGAUAUAAGUAGAAUUGUGUAACUUAGGAAGUCAUACAUGUGAUGACAUGCGUUCAGGAGACAUCAUCAGCAACCUACAGCAGUUUUAAAUGACCAUGACAACUACAAUUCAUACCUGCAAGGCAUAGCUGCAGCUUCUAUGUGCAUGGUUGUGUUUUACCUCAUAUGAUAAAGUGCUAUGAAUUCUGGCUGUGCACCACCAGGCAGAUGAAAACAAUCAAAAAGACCUUUCAGUAUAGCCACUGUCAAUACUCACAGCUUAUGGAAAUACCUGACAUAAUUACACUCAACGAAAUUUGACCUUGAAUAGGAAUCCAGAAUUGAAGGAAUAUGUGAUGAUAAAAAUCCUCUAUUCCCAACUCCUACUCUGUGUAAUGAAAUAAGUAAAGCAUUGUCAAGCAUAUAUCUUUACAAGCAACAUCUAUCUUUGCUGUGUUUCCAAAACAUGCAGAUAUCACUUGUCAAAUCACAGUAUUGUCUUACUGUGUCUGGUUGAUACUCAUUUUACAUGACAGAUCAAGGUUCAUGAUCCUCCUUUUCACCAUCCAAGACAUGCUACCACCUUGAGAGGAAUGCACACUGAUAGCAGUGCUUGGAUCACAGUGAUGACAAAUACAGUUAUAAAUUAAGACCCUGUUGAAGUCUUCCUCAGAGGAAACUUAAACUAGUCAUGAACUUUCUUUCCAUAACUUCUAGGACCCACAGGAAAACCAACUAAGUCUUUUGGUCGAAGCCUACAGACUGAUAAAAGUAGCAUAAGAAUAUUUCCAUUUUUGCUUACCAACAGAAAAUAAGAAAAGGAGUGAAAAUAUUUCGACUUAUAAAUGCAAGUACAACAGCAAUUUGUCAAAAAGCAAUGGAGACAAGGGUCACUAACAUCACUAAAAUUUCAUGUAAUCAACAAUAAAAGAGAAGAGAUAUUACCAAGAAUUUGGUGAUGGCUUGGAAAGUAUUAUUGGCCCCCAACAACAAAGAUAUCUGUUAGGCUGUAGAGAGUCCACUGAAUUCUGUAUUUGGACUCAUAACCCACCAGAUAGCAGUCAGUCAAAAAGCUUCUCAAUACAGUUGCUCUAAACCUGACUGCAAAUAUAUAUAGUAAUACAUAGUACAUUAUUUAUCUGAUGCAAUCAAAAUCUUUUGAGAUAGAUUUAGUCAAACUAAUAUUAACCUGCAUCUCUGUGAAAAAAAUGGUCACAGUGAAAUGUCCUUCUGUUCGUUCUCAGAAAUUAGAUCCAAGAUGAUUUGAAGAACUGCACUGAAUAAAAUACUGAAAGAUAAGGAAGUCUUUAACUUCUACUGGUCUAUAUUACAGCCAUGUUUCUUUAUUUCCAUGACAGUUCUGAAGUGUUUGAUGUGACAAAAACACUUUUAUGGCCUUUGGAUGGAUCAUCUGUUUCUAUUCUAUAUUGAUAAAUACAGUCAAAUUUCUGAUUCCCUUCCAUCCCCUUUUCCCACUGCACCUUGACAGGUUUCCUAACUAAUUUAGGCAAUAUUUAAUUUUAUAUUCUCUUGGUAGGCAAGUGGGAAAUGAUCUGCUCAUUAUAAAAAUAAGCAAAACCAAUUUUGUUGUCCAUCUCAUUUUAAUCAUGUACAACUUUUUAUAGUUUGUCACUAGAGAUUGCAGCUUUUUGUGUCUAAAAUGAAGAGGUAGUACUUUCUCAAAUCUCCUGCAAAUAUUUGAGAAAUUUGAUUAUAUCUUUCACUGGAUCUUGUUCAUUGCCUAGUACUCCAACACUGAGCUCUAACUUACAGCAGAUUAUUGAAGCCUUUGCCAUCCAUUGAUACUACCAUCCUAAAGUCUUUAUUGAAAAAGGCAUGGUACAGCCAGGGCUAGUCAUCAUGGAUUCUUUAUUUCCAUCUUGGAACUACUUGACUUGUCAGAUGUACAACAGUAUAACAGCAGAGAACCACUGUUUCUGAUGCCAUUGCAUACCAUUUGUAUAUAUGGCUUAUCACAUCUCUGAAAGGUGAGCAGACCAGAAAGCUACAUUUCAACAGUCAGUGUUAUUUUCAGUGGUUCCAGCUCUCAUCUUUAAUCUGUUCUCUUUCUCCUUUGCAUUCUGAUGCCUAUAAUCUGUGUCAUGGAUAUUCAGACAAGAAUUUUAUGACUGGACUCCUUCCUCUACCACAAGUCAGUUCACACACAUACAUCAAUUACCAUUACCUUACUGCUGUAGCAUAAUAGACUAGCACUGUUGCAUGGCAGAACGCUUUGCUAUUAUGCACUGUUUUCCAAUUGAUCCUAAUUUUUUGGUAUCACAUAUAAAGAACUCUCUCUGUCAUCUGCUGUUGUAGUCUUGGAUUCAUUGCCCAGUUCAGACACGGCUUGCAGAGAAAGGUGUAGGUGUUUGACUUCUGAGGUUUGCUUUAUGUUAUAGGUGUUCCUAUAUGAUCAGAAAAUGUUUGAGGGAUGCAAUGUCUUCUCCUUGCCAGUCCUGUGGUAGUAUUGUUAGCAGUUAAAGCAUGUGCAGCUAGUUUUGUCAGUCUGUAGUCAACUAGAGUUUGAUAUGGAUAUAUACAAGAAGGGUACAUUGUUUUCCAAGGUUCAUACACACCCUAAUUUCUCUUUAUGAGUAACAUGCACCUUGCAUUCUUUCCAGGUCCUGUAUUCUUGUAUCUAUCAGAACUUGAUUUCUUCCUUUGUUCUGCUUGUUGAGUGUUAUUUUAGCAGCUGAUUCCAUUUUCCUUCUUGUUGACAUUCCUUCAUCCCUCUAAUUCCAACAGAAAUCGUCCUGGUUCCAACAUUUUAGCUAGAAGCUACUACAAUUGUGGUUCUGCCCACCCAGAUUUGCUUGUUUGUCCUCUGUGUCUCAGAAAGAAGAAAUCAAACUUUCAUGCAGAGACAAGGGUGUUUGUGCAGUUGACAGGAAAGUGGUUUUAUGCAUAACAUGACCCUAAACCUCACAUAUUGUUAAGUAUCAACUCUUCAAGCUCUUUAUCUUCAACCACCCUACAAUUGUUCAUUUAAUUUUCAAAGUCUGACAAAUAAGUCAGAAUAUGUAUGUGAUGAUUUCUCUUGUGGGAAACAAAUUUCUCAUUUUUAUUCCUUUUUCUCUGCAUAGAUCCAUAUUCAUUUCAUGCCCAUGUUCCGCUUAUUAAAAUGUGUGUUAGAAUCAAAAUAACUGGAGCAUUUAUUUGUUUUCUGCAACUGAAUUUCAUUUUAUUAUUUUAUUUUAUUUUAUUGGCUCACACAGCAUUCUAUACGGUAACCUUUUUAUAACUGACAUAUGUUAUUCCUUCAGGUAGCUUCUACUGACAAACACAAAGCUUGUUUGUGUGCGAAUGCAAGGCUGACUAAAUGGUGCUAAAGUGUAUUAUGACUGUCAGAUAUAAUCAGGCAAAAUUUUGUGGUGCUUAGACUGAUUUUUUUCAUUGAUUUUAUUGAUCAAUGCAUUGAACAGUGUUUUAUUAUACACAAGUAGUCUUUCGUUAGUAAAUCAAGACCUCAUAGUGCAUUGUUAAACUAAAUGGGUUAAUUAAUCUAUGUAAACAGCUCACCAAGCUAAUCUCUUUUAACUCCUUAUACUGUUGUGUCAUUAAAGGUCAAGGGGUCAUGAUGAUAAUCUCAUUGCUGUAGACCAUUAACAUGACUGAACAUUUUCAACAAAGUACUUAUGUUUACAAUGCUGUAACCCUUUGACUGCUGCGGCAACCUUUAACCGCCGAACGUCACACGCUGGAAUCAUCACUAUGGUUCUUGCCAUGGCAAUCAAAGAGUUAAGGGCUGUGCAGUGAUUCGUUUUAUAUUUAUUAAUUUAUAUUUAUUUUUGUUUUCAUUUGAGAAAGGGGGGAAUUGGGGUGGGGCAGUUCUUGUCUGCUGUAAGUGUCUUAACCAAGGGAAGGGUUAAAAUGGCUUUUUAUACUAUUGCAUCUUAUGUACUUACCAUCAUUUCAUUGUGUUGUAAUUAAAAAAAAAUCUGUCAAUAAAUAAGAGAACAGAAAAAAAUUUUUA